AUGGGCUUCAAGAAAGGAAAGAAGAAAGGCAACAAUUGGAAUAAAAAAAGAGGUGACGGAGGAAACGGAAAAUGGCAUGAGAGAGGUCCUUCGUAUGCAGAUAUCGUGAAAGAGAAUGAGAAGUAUUGGAGUUAUUAUCGUGAAAUCAUCCCAGCAGAGGAGUUUGAAUCUUUCAAAACAACUCUACAAAGCGAUUUACCUGUUUCUUUCCGUAUACAAGGGUGUCAUAAGGAUCAAGAACAGUUAAUGCAAGAAAUGGAAACGCGAUUUUUCGGAAAGAUUGUUGAAUCCGGUGAAGCAGGAGUCUUUGUACCAAAACCUAUUCCUUGGUAUAAGGGAGCGUAUCAGACUCCAAUGUCAAGAACUGCCGUUAGAAGCCAUCCCAUUCUCGCCCAACUUCAUAACUUCUUGGUAACUGAGGCAGAGCUAGGUAACUUGUCACGACAAGAGGCUGUUAGCAUGAUUCCACCAUUGCUGCUUUCACCAAAAUCAGAUCAUUAUGUAUUGGAUAUGUGUGCCGCUCCAGGAAGUAAAACUUGCCAAUUGAUGGAAAUGAUGCACGAAGAGACACCAAACCCCAAGGGUUUAUUGAUAGCAAAUGAUCUAGACAAAAAGCGGUGCUACAUGCUGAUUCACCAAACUCUCAAACGUUUUCAUACCACCAAUUGUGUGAUCACUUGUGAAGAUGCCGCUAGACUCAGUGAUUUCAAAACGGACGGAGACGAAGCUUUACGUUUUGAUAGAGUUUUGUGUGAUGUUAUCUGCAGUGGUGAUGGUACGCUAAGAAAGAAUCCUGAGAUUUGGAAAAAAUGGACUCCGCAAGAUGCUCUUGGUUUGCACAGAAUGCAGUUGGCUAUUGCUAGAAGAGGGAUAGAAAAGCUCAAGGUUGGGGGACAAAUGGUGUAUUCGACUUGUUCCAUGAAUCCAAUAGAAGAUGAAGCUGUCAUUGCUCAGCUUUUGAGAGAAAAUCAAGGUAGUGUUCGUCUCGUAGACGCUCACCCGAUGCUGCCGGGAUUAAAAGCGUACCGUGGUAUCAACACCUGGAAGGUAUAUGACAAAGAAAUGCGUGUUUUCGCUACCCCUGAAGAAGUCGAAGAAAAAAUGAAGAGAAUGAUUUGUGCGUCCUGUUUCCCUCCAACGGAAGAUGAAGCCACAUAUAUGAAUUUACAGUUCACGAUGAGAAUAGCUCCGCACUUGCAAGAUACCGGAGGGUUCUACGUAGCUCUGUUUGAAAAAGUUUCGGAGACCACCAAACCUACUGAUGCAUUCUCUGGUCCGGCGUGGAAGAAACAAAAAAUGUUCAAAGAUGAACCUUUCACUUUCUUGGUGAAAGAUGAUCCAAGAUGGUUCGAUAUCAGUGGCAACUAUGGAGUAGCGGAUAACUUCCCAUAUACUAAUCUAUUCAGCAGAACAUCUGAUUCGAUGGGUGUUUCGCGACAGCUUUUCUUUGCUAACGAUGCUGUGAAAGAUUUCGUGAUCAGAAAUAUGAGUUUUGUGUCUAUCCAAAACGCAGGAAUGAAAAUGUUCAGCAGAACAGAACAAAAAGUAGAAACUACGAAAUUCCGCUUAUCCCAGGAAGGAAUACGGUAUCUGGUAAAGUAUAUGAAUAAGCGAAAGGUUCAAAUUGGCCGUGAGGAUAUGUUGAAAUUACUCAACACUGAAGAGACCAUGGUGAGAUUAGAAGAACUCGAGUCUCGUGAGCAAGUAAGAGCUCAAGGACAUGGAUCUGUAGUAGUUUAUCUUGAAGAGAUCGAUCCUAUUUGUUGCUGGGUUGGGUAUCAUACCAUUGCUCCUUACAUUAGUAAAGAAGAAAGACUCCAUCUUCUUCGAAUGAUGGGGGUUGAUUGUGCUGAAAUCGAAAUGAUGAUGAAAUCAAAACGAAAAGAAAAAGCAGCUUUAGAUCGUGAAACUGCGUUGAUUGCUAAGAAGGAAGAAAAUGAACAAGAGAGCAAUUCGCCAGAAGCUGUUAUAGAAGAAGUUGACUCACGAAAAGAAAAUAUCACAGAAGACCCUAUGACAGAUAGCGUUUGA